GGCAAGUUGACCUUAUUGCGUGUUCUGGACAGUGCGAUAAUACUCUACUUAUAACAUUAGAGAUAAAAAACACGGACAAUAGAGCUAAAAGGAAUGAGAAAUGAUGUCUUAAACAAAUUACAAGCCCAGGAGAUUAAUUAGAAAGUAAUUAUGCCAGUUGGGGCUAUUCCCUUUCCCUUUGGGGAUUGUCGUAUUUGUAAUGAUAAGGCAACAGGAGUCCAUUAUGGAGUUGCUACUUGUGAAGGAUGUAAGGGUUUCUUUCGUAGAAGUAUUCCAAAAGGGGAGAAAUAUAAAUGCUUCUUUGGAGGGCAGUGUAUCAUUAGCCCACAGAAUAGAAACCGAUGUAAGGCGUGUCGCUUUAAGAAAUGUUUAGACAGAGGAAUGGCCAUAGAUGCUGUUAAAAUGGGACGCAUUCCAAAAAUUGAAAAAGAGAAGGCGCUUGAAGCAGCUCGGCAUAUACCUGAGGAACAUAUGGAUGUGUCAUCACCCGAGCAUUUUCAAGAUCGAGAAACAAAUUUUCAAAAUAACCAUUCACACUUAGCUGAUGGUACACAGACUAUAAAUAUAAAAGAGGAAUCAGAGAUGACCUAUCCUUCUUGUGAUAAACACAAUGUAUUUAGUAAUUCCUCAUAUACACACAAUCAUCUGGACACUUAUAAUGAUAUACAGAUCACCUCUUUAAGCACGUGGGACAGCUUCCCUCCCGUACCGCAAGUGUUGGAAGACCAACAAGUCAAACAUGAUUCCAAGUACCCCGCUGGCUCCUCCUCCUCCUCUUCGCUUUACGAAAAUUCGGGUUUCUCUCACAUUCCACGCAAUACGUUUACACCAAGUAGUGACGAGAGUAGCUGCUCUACAAGCAGUCGCUCUCAUUAUAGUCCCGAUGUUAUGAAAGUCCUUUUUGACCAGGCAGUGGAGCGUAGGGGUGGUAAGCAUAUCAAAGAUCGCAUACUUCAACAUUUGGCAGAAAAUUGUACCAUCGGUCAGUACAAUUCCAAUUUAAAAGUUCUCCAGGAUGUAGGAAUACAGAGUAUAUCAGAAGACGAAAAUGAUGACUCGAUUUUGGAGAUGAAAAGUUGGCCACAAUGUAGAAAUUACGAGAGAGAAGAUAGCGUUACUGCUUUAAAUGGUCAACUGAUAAGUUCUAUGGACUGUGAUGAUAACCGAGCAUAUAUUUCUCAACCGACCCCCGAUCUACACCAGCUUAAAGUGUAUAAUGGUAAUAACCAAACCGCAAAUGACAGUGCAUCAUUAUUUUAUCCACCAGAACAGAAAGAGGAAUUAGAUUUAAGUGUUUUGUCCGAUCCCCAGCCUAGUAACUUACACACCAUGCCAAAUUAUAGUACAACAAAUACGGGGCACCAUCAUCAUCAACAAGAACCCUCAAGGACAAAUGAUAACCCAAUGCCCACAAUUCCCAGUUUACAAGGUAUACAAUAUUCUGAAACAGACCAUAAUUCACAUAGCAGCACAAACAGUAGAAUGGAUUCCCAUUCAAGUGUGUCAGACACUCUGUUUGACGAUCAUGAAAAGCCGCAAGCUGAACCUGUUUUAGAUAUGGAAUAUUAUAUUAAAUUAACCGGUCAUAAACGAUAUACAAUGGAAGACAUUUAUGCGAUGAUAAAACGCAGUAACAAUAAAAGAUUAGAAAUGGCUGAUUGGAUGACUAAAACUGUUACUCAAAUAGAAAAAGCAAUGGAUACAUAUCAUGUGGUAUUACGUGAAACUAGAAUUUCUAAUCAACACUUUUUCAAAGAAAAGAAAACAUUACCAGUAGAAGUGAAGACAGAGGAAUCAUUAAAAGAGGUGUGGCAAUUGCUUAUGCAUGGAUUAUCACUAGUUAAUAAACGAAUAAUUGGGUUUUGUAAUUCAGUGCCUGGUUUUACAAGUGUUUGUGCUGAGGAUCAACAACCUAUGUUAAAACAUGCCUAUUAUAGUAUAUGGAUGUUAACAAUUAGUGAAUUUUUUAUCGAUGGAGAAAUUUAUUUAAAGUUUCCUAAUGGAAGACACUAUACCAGAUUUUGGAUGGAGAACUUUCUUGGUAAAGAGCGUGUAAAGCACUUUUUUUCAUUUGCUGAUAAAUUUAACCAUCUGAAGCUUACAGAGUUAGAAGUUGGCAUAUUAUCAGCAAUUAAACUGAUGUCAUAUGAUGAUGAGAACUUGGUGUUAGAAAAUAGUCAAAGUGUUCAAAUUUUACAUUAUCAUUAUGUGGAUAUAUUGGUACAGUUGAUAGGUUUUAGUCAUCCAAAUACCACAUGUGAAACUCUAUUAGACAUCUUCAACCUUUUCCCACAACUGUCGUAUAUAAAUCAAGUACAAAAAGACAUGGCAGCCAGUUUCAUGGUAACCAAACAUCCUAAUCCCACUGCAGGUAACGGCUGAUCAAAAUCAGAUUAGUUGACUGAAAUGAGACAGUAUGAAUUAUCUUCAACCGUAAUAAUACGACCUCAACUUGUACAAGAAAUAUAUAAUUACCAAAAUUACAAGAAGAAUCUUUGGAAAUUCCUUAGUAGUUGUUUUAUUAGCAUUUGUUCCAUAGCUGGAUGACAGUAGUGUUUUUGGACAGAUCAGAAUAUGUAUUUCAAAAGAUUAUUUGUUAAAUGUAUUUAGUAUUGACCCAAUACUCUUGAUUUAGAGUUAUGGUUGCACCAGGAGAGUUAGUUUAUUAAAUCUCUGUGACUGUUUGAUGAAGUCAAUUGUUUUAUCUAAUAAUUGUAAUAUAAAGGCCUGGCCAACUGCUGAACUUGAUCUGGGUAAAGACUAAAAUGAAAAUAGAAUUCUUUAUUUCUCUCAGGCGAAUUCCGUCAACAGUUUCCCUUGAAAGUCUACCAUAUGUCUAGAUUAUAAAAAUAUUUUUUGUUAUGUUUGUGAACUUAUAUUUACCCUUUGUUGAUAGUUUCAGUUUGUGAUGAAACCACAAAAUAAAAUAAUGUUGAGAUCAGGGUGAUUUAUUUACUGUAAUGGUUGUAAAAUAUUUUACUUAAUUUUUUUUUUUUUACAAUGUAUAGAAAACUUCAAUGGAAUAUCAUGCAAUAAAAAAAUAAUGUAAUCGUAAUUAGUAUUAUAAAGGGGAAUAGCUUUUUGAGUGCAGAUAAGUAGGAGACCCUUAAAGAUACAUUAUGCACAAGCUAAACUAGCCUAUUGCCAGGGUUUUUUCUGGCUUCAGUGUUUUAGACAUUUAUUGACAUGGAAAGCCCAUAAUCAACUCUUUAGACCAUCAGAUAGCUUAAAAUUAUUGAGUGGAUUAGAUAAUGCCUGCCAUAUGGCUGAACUUGUCAGAAAAUUAAAAGUAAUUCAAAUUUAAUACAGAUUUGAUGGCAUACACUGUCUGAAACCCACAAAAAGUACCGUAGUCAUUUAUAACUUUGUUCAUAAUAAUUUUAUUUAACUAAAAUUUUCAAUAUAUUGAUCUUUUAUUUUCUAGUUUUGAACUAUUAUAGCAAGAAAUUGUGCAUAAUGUAUCUUUAAGAGUAGUUUGUUUUCUUUAAUGUUGACAGUUUAUGAUAAAUAGUGUUAGAUAAAUGAUAAGGCAAAUCCUUAAUAAAAUGGAUCGAUCUUAAGGGCAAUUUCCUACUUUCGAACACUCAAAUUAUAUUACCAUGUAGUCAGAUCAUCUAAUCAUUACAUUGUAAAUAGCCCUUCACAAAGAUGUUUUAUUCUAAUUUUAACCUGUACAUUUUAUGGCUUGAUUCUGCAAUAAAUAUUGUUAAAUUUUAAAUGGAAACUCAUUUGGGUCAAAGAGAGAAUUUGUUCUCUCAACUAGGUUACCAAAAAGUGCUAAAAGCAUGAUAUAUAAUGUAUAAAUAUAUCAGGGAUGAUGUUGUUAAACAUUGCAUGUACAUGUACUGGUAUUUAAUUCAUUGUUGUCUAUAUAUGGGAUCUGUAUAUUCAGUUUGUUAUUUCAUUAUGCCCUUGAAACUAUAUUUAAUUUAUGCCCUUGAAAGUAUAUAUAAUUUAUGCCCUUGAAAGUAUAUUUAAUUUUUCUUUCUCUUACUAUUAAAUUAUUGAUUUUACUAUUUGCUUAAGGUCAGUGCUAUUUAUGUUGCAAUCAAGGGGACAUCUUUAAGUCUUUGAUUUUGAUUUUCUAUAAAAUAAAGAUAAUAGUGUGUAACACAACUUUUGCUUAAAAUUUGCUAAUUUUAUUAAAAGGCUGGGGCACUAUUCAACAAAACUAAAACUCAAAUAUUGUAAGAAUACAGCUGGUUCACUUGCUGAGUACUAUAAUCAAUAAAAAAUACAAAUCAGUGCAGGCCAAAAUGACAGACAUCCAAAGAAUGGUGCCUGACAAAGUCUGACUCUGUGCCUUGCAACGUCUGUGACAGGUGCUUUAUUUCCAGACUUGUUGUAAAGACUGCAUUUUGAAAUGUUUAAGUUUUCUUGAAUUGGGUUCCAGGUAUUUGUAGUAUACCUGAGGGAAAAGUGCUAUGAUAAAUAAAUUUUGUUUGGAUAUAAAUCACAUUAAAUCACAAAAACUUUUAUAUGGAAUACGAUUGUGGAAUAUGAGAACACUUGUUGAAACAUUGCGCCAUAUGUAUAAUAAACAAGUUAUUGUAUUCCAAAUAAAAUGGUGUUUUGUAUUUGGGGUAGAAGUUGUUUGCUAAGGCAAGGUUCCCACUGUUGUGUGGUGCAUUACGAUAGAAUUGUCCCCAUUGAUCUGGUACAUGCAAAUACGUUUGAAUACGAUCAAUACGACUGACUUCAAUAUAUGAUAAUACUGAUAGGAUCACCAUGAUUACUCCACGAUUAAAAACACGAUUUCAAUCGCAGCACCAAUUGUGAUAGUGGGAGCCUAGCAUUAUUAAUUCUAGCUUUGACUUGAACUUAUUACUGGAUAAUUUAAUGAUUUUAAACAUAUUUUUAUUGUGAUUUAAAAAUGUUUAUAAUUCAUUUCUUUAAAAUUAAUCGGGGUUUGGUGAAUACUUUAUUGUAUUACCAUAUAUAUUGUAGUCAAAGGAAGAUUAUUUUUGAAUAAUUUGGCCAUAUAUAUAUAUAUAUAUAUAUUAUAUCUAAAUUGUUAUUGUUGAUUUUAAAAUUUUAUUUUUGUUGUUAUUUAAAAUCAUAUAGUGCUUAUUUUAUGUGUCCUCAAUCCUGUGGGUUUGUACAUAAACUGGAUAACACAAACACUUAAAAUGAUGUUCAACGUUUGAAUAGCCCAAUCUCUUAACAUUAUCUCUUGGUUUCAAUUCCCUCACUUCAAUGUGACAACUGACAAGUAGUAGUAUCCCUUGACAAGCCUUCAUGGGUUUUUUUUUAAUCCUUCGGUUUCCUCUCUCUGCUAAAGACCCCUGAAAUAAAACUGAACCAUAUGUUCGUCCGAAAAUGACCUAGUUUGUGUCAUCUCUGUCACUCAUGUUUAUGUACAGACCUACACAGAAUUUAUUGAUCAGCCAUGCAAGAAUUAUUGGUAAAUAUAUUUUAAUUUUUGUCACCCUGUUAUAUAUUUUUAUUUUUAAUUAUAUCACAUUUGCCAAAUUGUCUUUUUGAAAUAAAUGAAUGUGCACUGCAGUCUGGUAUUGUAAAUGUACUGGUACACAAUUAUAUCCUAGCUUAUAGCAUUACAUCAAUCAUGAAUCAAUUGAUAUUUUAUGUGGGAAUAUAAUCAGUAUACCAAUUAAACAGUUUCAUUGUAUACCCUAAAUAUUGCACAGUUGACUGAAAUAAUGCCACUUUUCAUAGAUAUUUUAGUCAAUAAGUAACAUAUCUAGGCCUACAUAUACAUGUAUAUUAUAUUUGUUUUCAUGAGACUGUGUAAUCUUGGUGGAUAAAAGAGUAGAGGUAGUCAUGUAGCAUUCUCAGAAUAAUUAUAAUAAAAUAAUAACAUUUUGUGAUAUACAUUUAUGCCAUCUAUAUUUGGUAUUCAUUAUCGAAAUUAUAAAGUUAUUAAAGAUAUGUUGUGAUUGAUAAUCAUAUCAUUAGAUAGGCUUCAUACUAUUUAUUUUCAAAUAGUUUAGUGCCUAAUAAUUACACUAUACCUUUAUUUGUAUAUGUAAACUUGUAUGAUGAAUGAGAGACAGUAAUCCCGGUUUAAAGAGUUGAUGAUCUCUUUUUUUUUUAUUAAUAUUAGAUGACAGUUUUAUAAGACACAUAAUUGUAUAAUAUAUCGCACAAUCCAAGAUUUCACAAAGAAUCUAUAUAGAUGCUUUGAAGCAAAGAAAAUCCGAUUUACCUUGUCUGAGAGUUUCAGAUAAAAAUAUUGAAGCUUUCAGAUAUUACCAAAUUGCUUAAAGUGAUAAUUUCAUAUUUUUAAGUUAUAUUUUUAAAAUGUAUUAAAAUAAAGCCUUAAAAUAGAUGGUAUCUAUAAACAGUCCUACCUUGUUCAAGAAUAAUCCUAUUAUUCCUAUAAUUCACUACUGCCAGUUGAGAAAUUGGCAAAAAUAUCAUUUUCAACUUCAAAUUCAAACUUUUGAAGAUAGCUAUUCCAUGGGAGGGGGGAAUAGAAAAACAAGGGAGGUAAUUGUGUUAUUAUUACCGGGAUGAAUGAUUUUUAAGUGUGAGAAUGAUACCUAUGAUUGUAAAAUAGUGAGUUGACAACCUAUUGAGCAAAAGACAUAGAAAUAAUUAUGUUUUGACUUUCUUAGAAAAUAUGAAAUUCUCGCUCAUUAACACUGUGACCUGAAUAUCAUUUUGGCUUUUUUUGACUAUGGCAAGCUUCCCAAGAUCUUUUCCUAGAUGUGUAUUGGUAUACUUUUUUGCAAAACUGCACAAAGAAACUACCAGCAACCAUAGUUGCAUGGAGCUAUAGAAUAAUGAUUUAUAAGAGUAAUUUACACAGAAUUAAUCAGUUUUAUGGUUUUAUUCACUAAAAUGUGUUGGAAUGACUCCUUUAAAAUGCACAGUUAUGAUUAUCUUAUUAAGUAUGCACUAAAUAACUAUGGUUGAAAGUAUUGAAAGGAUGGAAGGGGUAAUAAAUUUCACUCACUGAGAUAAUUAUUCACUAGCACUGUUUUUAAAUUUAAACAUAUUUUUUGACAUGCAUCACUAAGUAUAAUGUUUUGGUAAUCUGGUAAUCUUUGGUCCAAUCGAGAAAUGGACUGUGUUUUCAUUUGAAUAUAGAUAAUAUGGGCUGAAACUUUUGUUUGAUUUUAAUUAAAUUCAUCCAACUAUUUGAAUUGAUUGUUUUAUUGAAGUGUGCUAAAAAAAAAUUCUUAUAUUGCAUUUUGUAUUGUGAUUUUGGUUGUAAGUAGAACUUUCACUUAAUAUUACCUAUUUACCAUAGGUAUUUUUUUUUAAGGAGCAUCAAAUUUUACUGUCAGUAAAAAUUUACACAUGUUUUUACACAUGUUCAAUUUGUUGUAUAUUUUAUUAAGUUUGAAUUAUAAUACAUGACAAAAAAAUGCACAGGUUGUAAUAAGAUUAUUUUGUCUAGUGUGGUGUAACCAUGUAAUAAACAGAACUAUUCUUGGUACAUACUGUGACCUAAUUCUAACUAUGGAUGAACUCUUACUUAAACUAAAAAUGCUCGAAAAUAUUAGAUUUAUAACGCUUAAUCCACGCUAAUAUGAUUAUUUAUUAUUUAAUUAAGAAAACAAAAUCAGAAUACCAAUGCCAGAUUCAAUCAGAUUUAAAAUCGAGGCCUGGCAAGGAACAACGUCAAUAUAUAGUCGUUUGGAUGGGAUGAUAAACCAAGGUUCCGUGUACACAUUGGCAUGCACGUAAAAAAAAGCCCCUUAACAGUUGGAAAUCAAAAUAGGAAUAUGCUGUAGUGCUGCUGUCCAGGCAAAAUUUUCUUCAUAGCUAAGUUUGCCCAUCUUCAUUAGCCCUGUUGGUGCAGAAAAGUAGGACGAUAAACACCAUUUAUUUUAUUUUGUUUUUUGGAGAAAAGAUACAGUACUUAGUUGGCUCUGUAAUAGGUUCAUCUAGUAGUGUUAGGAAAAUAGGGAAUCGGUGAGAUUCAUUCUUAGAGAAUAUUAGAAGUUGGAUUGGAGUUUCAACCUACUGGUAUAUAAAAUCUACUGCUAUUCAUUGUAUUAUGUAUAGGUAUUUACAAAAGUAAACAAAGUGUUCUAUUGUCGUCACAUAUGAAUGUUUAUUCAAAUACAACCAUGUAUAAAGGUUUUAAAUUUAUCAAAUAUAAUACUUUUUUAAUAGUGUAUUUUUAAGGCCAAGUAUUUGAUUUUAUUAUUAUUGAUUUAUAUCAUGUUUCUGGGUUUGACUAUCAAAAAUUAUACAGCAAUGUAGCUUACAUGCUUUCUGUCCCAUGUCACCCAACCUGAGAUAUUUUUGCUAAUUGCUUUGUUAUUUUUAGGAAGUGGAAUCAUGUUGAUCUGUAUUUGGUAUACAUGUAUGCUAAGCUAUUGAAUACAUCUAUGAUAAUCUAUGGUAUACAUGUAUGAUAGUCCAUAGGAUACAUGUACGAAAAGCUAUGGGAUACAUGUAUGAUAUGAUAUUAUCUAUGGUGUACAUGUAUGAUAAUCCAUGGGAUACAUGUAUGAUGAGCUAUGGUAUACAUGUAUGAUGAAACCUUUUAAAACAAAGAUGCCUUAAAAUCAUAACUCAGAUUAUAUAUAUUAGAAUAUUACUAAAUGUAUUAAUUUAUGUGCAGCUGUAAAUUAUAUUUUAUGAAGUAUACUUUGUAUGCUAAAUAAUCUAGAUGCAAUUUAGUAAAUAUCAACUGUAUUUCUAAUAUAUUACUUUUACCUCUAUUUCAUAUAGUUUAUAAGUCUUUUUUCAUCAGUCACCUUAUAUUGAAUGUUUGUCCGUGUAUUAUUAAUUAUUAUUGAUUAUAUUGUGCCUAUACGUUACAUUAAACUGCGAUCAGGGACUAAUAAUGUAUGUAUGUAGGUAAUUAAUACAACCCAAUAAAGUGCUCAUUAUAUAUUACACUACAUAGUUUGAAUAAAUUUAAUUUAAGUGAUUAUAUCUCUUAC